UCACAAGAAAGGGGGUGCCUUCACCUGGGAAGAGAAAGCAAGCAAGCCAGGCCAGAGGAAGGAGGGACUACUCAAUCCACACAAUUCCACGUGCAGAAGUCAAGUAACAAAAGAGCCAAGAACAACUCUGCCUAAGGAGAUUCUUAGCGAGGAGCCAUGUCUCCUGAGGAACCCCCAGCCAAACCAGCUCCUGAUGACAAGAUUGACUUGAACCAAAGUCCUAUUAUGAAAACCCGCAUCAAGUACUGGUGGAUCAUGAUUUCUAUCACCGCAGGAGUCCUUACAGUCAUCUUGGCAACAUCAGUCCAAACAUACAAUGCAAUGCUUGUGGAAGACUGGAGUCUUUAUGAAGAGCCUAUGAAAAAACUAAGGAUUACUUUGUCCAUCGGGGUCAGGGAUGAAAAGAUCAAGCAUAAUGAGAAUGCUAUGAAGGUUUCAAAGUUAGUAGAGAGAAUGCCGCAACUGUUCAAGGAAUCUGAAAAUGGCUUUGCCGCAGACAAAAAGAGAUAUCAAGCUCUGUUUAAAAAAGGAUCAAAAAUUAGUGAUAACUGGAAGCUUUUUGGCUGGAAUCUCUACUAUGUUUCAAAAGCAAAUGAAAAGAAAACCUGGCACGAUGCCAAGUACUUUUGCAAGUCCAGAGAUUCCCACUUGACUUCCAUCCUGAAUGAGGAAGAACAGAAGUACAUCUCUUCAAAGCUCAACGAGUCUGCCUGGAUUGGCCUAACGGAUGAAAAUGUGGAAGGCCACUGGGAGUGGUCGGAUGGUUCCAGAUUAAUAAUACAAUACUGGGCCGAUGGCAAUCCCAAUGGAUCUUCAAUGAUGGAGAAGCAGAUGAAGACUGCGCUGCCAUAAAACCCUCAGGAAGUGAUUUAAACUGGAUUGAUGCCAGUUGCCAAGAACUUAGAAGAUGGAUUUGUAAGGAGAGAUUAGUUGCACGUUCCAAUUAGUUGGAGAGAUUAGUGUCUGGCAACACAUAAAAUUCAUCAACCAUGUUGACUGGCACAUUAAAGAUGGAGAAAAAAUGAGGAAUAUGACUUUUUAGAAUAAAAACAGAUUUCUAUUGCAGUCACAAAAUAAACACGCACUUCCAACUAUAAA